UCACCCAGUAAGCGGCCCCGGCCUGCAGAGGAGGGCGGCAUGCAGCUCCGCUUUGCACGGCUCUCCGAGCACGCCACGGCCCCCACCCGGGGCUCCGCGCGGGCCGCGGGUUACGACCUGUACAGUGCCUAUGAUUACACAAUACCACCUAUGGAGAAAACUCUUGUGAAAACGGACAUUCAGAUAGCGCUCCCUUCUGGGUGUUAUGGAAGAGUAGCUCCACGGUCAGGCUUGGCUGCAAAACACUUUAUUGAUGUAGGAGCUGGUGUCAUAGAUGAAGAUUAUAGAGGAAAUGUUGGUGUUGUACUGUUUAAUUUUGGCAAAGAAAAGUUUGAAGUCAAAAAGGGUGAUCGAAUUGCACAGCUCAUUUGCGAACAGAUUUUUUAUCCAGAAAUAGAAGAAGUUCAAGCUUUGGAUGACACCGAAAGGGGUUCAGGCGGUUUUGGUUCCACUGGAAAGAAUUAAAAUUUAUGCCAAGAACAGAAAACGAGAAGUCAUACGUUUUUCUUAAAAAAAAAAAAAAGUUUUUGCUUAAAGUGUUUUGGUGUUUUGCACUUCUGUAAACUUACUAGCUUCACCUUCGAAAAGUACUGCAUUUUUUACUUUUUUUUUUUUUUUUUUAUGGUCAAGGAAGAGAUCAUAAAAAAAUAAAACACAAAGCUUUUUGUGUUUGGAUCAAAAAGAAACUUUGUUUUUCUGCAAUUGAUGGUUGUAUGUAAAUCUGCUUUGUGGUGACCUGAUGUAAAGUGUCUUCUUAAAGUCAAAUGUACAUCAAUUACAGAUUUAAAAAAAAAAAAA